GCGCGGGUCGGCGGUCCGCCGCCGCUCCGCUCCACUCCACUCCGAGCCACCGGUCGUCGUCCACACACGACGGUACGACACGCCAGUCCACCGCUCCACCGCCACCACUCCAGUCGCGUCGCGUCAGCCGUCCCGACCGGUCGUCCGUCCGUCGUGUGCCCGUUUGCGGAUCUCGCGCACUUUUUCCAUCGGCCUUGGCUCGCCGCCGAUAUUAAUGUUAUUAUCAUCAUUUCUCGACGACGACGGCGACAACGACACCAAAUGCCCACCACCGCAUUGACGGCCUCUACCGACGAAGAGAAAAUACCGAGAAAAAUAAGAAAACUCGGAAUCGCUCGAUCAUUAUAGAUAUCGUCGCCGCCAGUCGCCACUGCAGCCACUUGUCGCCACCGUAAUUCUGUUUAUCUUCCGCUGCGUGGCGCGCGCGAUGGACUGAAAACGGAAAGCUGUGCGCGCACAAGCCGCGAAACGUCCGACGACACGCCGCGCGAGUGCAGUUUGUUAAUAUCACUGUUGUUUAAUAACUAUUUACGCAUUUUAUUCCGUCGACAGAUGUUCGAAAUAGUUCAAAUAUAAUUAAAAUAUAUAUAUUGUCAUUAACUUACAAUAGUAGUGUUGUAGUACGCUGUCUUACGGUGUAGGUAGAACCUAAGUUAUCUGGUUCGAAGAUCACAACGCCUAGGUUGGACCUGUCGUCCGAUUGUAAUAAUUAAGUGAGUUGUACGCCGUCCGCAGAUCUUUCGGAUUCGGUCAUCUCGCAAAACGAUAAUUGAACAACAUGAAAGCGGCGAGUCCGUUUGUUGCAAACAAAAUGGAAACCCGAUACGUCGACAACGACGAAGACAACUACUCGGAUGCCAGCUCGUCGCUGGCUCCCAACGGCUCCGUAGUGUCGACAGUGCCCGACAGACACGGCUUCCUAGGUGGUACCCAGUACCUGAAUGAAUCGAAACACAUGAUAUCAGCUAACAAAACCAUAGAACGUGAACGAAAAUGGCUUAAUAUGACUGCCAAUUGGGAUAAACAAAUGAUUAGGAGUUUUAAAAAAGUACAAAACAGAUGUAGAAAAGGAAUUCCACAAUCAAUCAGACCUAGAGCUUGGUUGUACUUGACUAAAGCAAAUAAAUUGUUGGACCAAAAGAAAAAUCUAUAUUUCAAGCUGUGUGACCAGCCAGGAGAUCGUAAAUGGAUCGAAGACAUAAAAAAAGAUCUGCAUCGACAGUUCCCAUACCAUGAGAUGUUUGUCGACCAAGAUGGAACCGGCCAAAAAGAGUUAUUCAAUGUUCUCAAAGCGUAUACAAUAUUAAAUCCUGUAAUUGGAUAUUGUCAAGCACAAGCUCCAAUUGCUGCAUUUCUUCUCAUGCACAUGCCAGCCGAGCAAGCAUUUUGGUGUUUUGUAGCAAUUUGUGAUGAUUACCUUAGUGAUUACUACAGUCCAGGAAUGGAAACAUUGAUUAGAGAUGGUAACAUACUUUUUGCAUUAUUAAAAGAACGUGAGCCAAAAAUUUAUAAACUGUUGAAAAAGCAAAGUAUUGAUCCAAUUAUGUAUAUGACUGAAUGGUUUUUAUGUGCUUUCACAAGAACAUUGCCAUGGCCCACCUUGUUGAGGUUUUGGGAUAUAUUUUUAUUUGAUGGUGUUAAAACAUUUUUCAAAAUGGGUUUAAUAAUGAUCAAAAUAUCGUUGCCAGAAAAAUCAUAUUCUGAUCUCAAAAAACGUUUUCCUACAAUGUGUGAAACCUUAGAAGCUUUGCGAAAUCCACCAUUGCAUAUGCUCGAGGAAGAGAGAAUUAUCAAGAAGCUCAUACUGUUAGAAAUACCUGAAGACACGUUCAAAUAUUACCACAUGCAACAAUCCUCAUUGAGACGAAAAACAAAAGAAACAAAAAAAAUUCGAGAAACUGAUGUGUUUUGAAAAUUUGCAAUGACCAUUUUAAAAAGUUACCUUAAGGAAAACAGGUUAAUAAUAAGAGUAUAAUUCUGAUCUAAUAUAUAAAAUAUAUAUUGAACUGGUCCUUUAAUUUUAUAUAUUGACAAAAAAGAAUUUGUAUUAUUAUUGUCAGUCUUCCAUAUUCAUAAUAUUAUAUUUAAUAUUAUCUUAUUGUUAUAUAUUUUAAACUUUAUGUAGGAGAUUCAAGUAAAUUUGUUGACUAAUUUUUUAUUUUAAUUCAUUCGGUGCUCUAAGUGUAAAUAAAAUAAUUAUUACUUUCUA